UUUUCACUUACACUGAGAUUUGAGUUUAGAGGAGACGGAAAUGACAAAUGAGACAUUAAUGAGCUAGGAACUUCCAGCAGAAAGUUUGAAUCUUAAACAGAGUCCAUUUCUUUGCAGAAGUCUGCAGUGAAAUUCCAACAAAACUAUGACAACCUAAACUGAGUUUACCUCAACUCUCCAGUCACGGUCUCAAGACAAACUAACUCUUCAAAAAGCAAAGAUGGAGGAGGGAUAUGAACUUGACCUCACCUAUGUGACGGAGCGCAUCAUUGCUGUGUCCUUCCCUCAGGACUGCUUUGAAGAGACAUACCUGCGCAACCUGCGAGAUGUCACACGCAUGCUCAAGUCCAAACAUGCAGACAAAUAUUUGGUGAUCAACCUGUCAGAGAGAAAGCAGGAGCUUAACAAGAUGAAUCCUAAGACUCUGGACACAGGAUGGCCGGAUUUCCAUGCGCCCCCUCUGGAUAAAAUCUGUACCAUCUGUAAAGCCAUAGAGAACUGGCUCAAUGCCGAUCCACUGCAUGUGGUGGUCAUUCACUGCAGGGGUGGAAAGGGCCGGAUAGGCGUUGUUAUCUCGUCCUUUGUUCAUUUCACAGAUGUCUCGGCCAGUGCAGACCAGGCGUUAGACCGCUUUGCCAUGAGGAAGUUCUAUGAUGACAAAGUUUCCGCUUUGAUGAGCCCGUCUCAGAAAAGAUACGUGUGGAUCCUGAACAGUCUCUUGAGCGGUUUGAUAAAGAUGAACACCAAUCCUCUCUUCCUUCACUGCAUCAUCAUUUACGGGAUCCCAAACUUUGACACUGCAGGAGUGUGUCAGCCGUACCUGAAGGUGUAUCAGGGGAUGCAGGUGGUCUACACCUCCGCUCUCUACCACAUUGGAGCCAGUCACAGAGACAAGAUCUGUAUCGCUCUAGAACCAGCACAGCUGCUAAAGGGAGAUAUUAUGGUGAAAUGUUAUCAUAAAAGCAGCCCGUCUGUUCGGGACAUUAUAUUCAGAGUUCAGUUUCACACAGGUGCUGUUCAGGCAUACAGCCUCAUGUUUCAGAAAGAGGACAUGGAUCACGCAAACAAAGAUGCCAGAUUUCCAGAUUAUGGGAAAGUGGAGUUAAUAUUCUCUGAUGGCCCAGAAAGAAUUCAAGGAUCAGAGCACUGGCAGAACGGUCCAGAUGUGACUGUUGACUACAUGACCACAGAUUCACUCUCUAAAUGGGACUCAUACCAGAACUUCUGCACUGCAGAAGUUGCACCUAUGCAGUCUCCAUCUCCAACCCUGGAGAAACCCUCCUUUAGGAGAUCCUCCAGCAGAGGUCCGACCCUCUCCAGAGCCCACCAGAGCGCCUCUACAACCUCCAGCCCUGACCACACCCUCUCCGCCAGCAGUGACUCGGGUCUCUCCAGUGCUUCACUGCGGACUGACUGUUGGCCCUCACUGGGGAUCAAAGUAUUCCAGCCCAGCCAACAGGAGAAAGUCGAACUCAAGCGCCUUUUGAGCGGCUUUGGUCUGGAUGAGUCAAGUCGAGGUUGCACAUCAAUGGAGCCAACAUUAACCGCUCAACAAGUGCUCCACGAUUCAGCCCAGCUGCACAUGAAUGGCAGUUCCCGACCAAAAGAACGUGAGACAGAUAUUCUAGAUGAUGAAGUCUUGAUCUCACGCCAUGACCUACAUAGCGUAGACAGUUUGGGCACUCUUUCUUCAUCCUAUCAUAAGAGCAGCCAGAAUUCACUGCUGUCAGAUGGCUUUGGCAGUCCUGUUCGGAUAGAGGAAACUUCUCAUCAUCACACAGUGGCAAUGGAGGAGUAUGAUCGGAGAGCCUGCUUUGCUCAAAGAAGCAUCACUUCUCCUUCACUGGGUGUAGCUCCAAGGCAUCUGUUCCAACAUGGCUGUUACUCCACCCAAACAUGGGUCCAUCAACAGCAACUUGUAGCUGCUCAGCAGUACUCUUACCAGCCAGAGGAAGACUGCGUUGAGGAGCGUUUCCACAAUGACACGCAAGAAAUCCUGCCCAAAGUGGCCAGUGAUCAGAAUAAUUCUCCAUCCACUCUUGAGAUGUCCCAAAGCCAAGAUAAUGACAAUAAACACGACGAGGAGUUCAGUUCACUAACGGUGGACAUCGACAACUCCAUUCAUCAGCUCAACCAGCUCAUUUUGGAUCUGGACCCAACAUUUGUGCCCAUUUCCACCAAAUCCAGCUCAAUCAAGAGGACCGGAGGUGCAGACAGUAACGGUAAUGCUACGGGUUGUGAAAACAGCAGCAUGAGCCAAAGAUGUGACAUCCAGAAUGACAACAGCAAAGAGAGAACUCGUCAGUUAGUCUCUCCUGCUGAAGACGGUUUGCUCAUCCUGAGCAGAAAUUCCAGUGGUGUGACUGAGCACACAGGACAAUGUGGACGAUCACCCUGGUCUCUGGAUCAGCAGACUGCAGACAGACAGACAUAUACUGCUCCAAUGCCUCAGAAACAGCAUGCAGCUCUAUACAGAACAGACAGUGUUGAGUACAGAUCUCAGAGUGCAGAGAUGGAUGGUGGAACGGAUGUUGGCAGUGAUAUGAUGCCAUCAACACCAGCUUUCCCUAUCUCACCACCCACCCCAUACGUAAAGACCAUGAUGAACUUUUCACAGUACAGACAAAGUCCAUCUCCCAUCAUACCUUCAUUUGGAUCCUAUAGACCUGAGCAUGAAAUGCGAGCUGAAGCAGAUAUUAUGGGACGCACACCUUUGCCUUCAGAUGAAGGUUUACAACAUCCCACUCACAGAACUUACCAUCACUCUGCUACCAUUGGUGGAAUUAUGUCUUUCUCUGACAGUUCUUCAUCUAAGCCACAGUUGGUUCAUCAGUCAUCCCUUUCUGCUCAUCCCUCUGACUCAAUGAACUUCACCCACAGUUCUAUCCCGUCACAUAACCCCAUUCCGGCCCCCAAGGCCCACAGUUCUCCUCUCAGCACCCAGAGGGCCAAAGUAUUCCAGCAUGCCCUGGGCCACAGCACCUUACAGACCUUUGAGGAGCAGUUCAGCUUCAAUCCACCAGUGGAAGGACUGAACUACCACCAGCAGCACCCCCUUUCACUAGAGAAGAGAAUGCCAUCAGAUGGAGAAAACUCCCAAGAUUCGGUUUCUCCGGCUCCUAGUGGUUUCUCUAGUCCCCAUAGCGGGAGUUCUUUGAGUAUUCCCUUUCCAAACGUGCUGCCGGAAUUGCAAGCAAAAGGAAACAGUAUCAGCUCUUCCUUGCCUCUUCCAGAUGUGCUCUCAAGUAAGCAGUUGACGGUCAAGUUUGUCCAGGAUACCUCAAAAUAUUGGUACAAACCAGAUAUCGCAAGAGACCAAGCUAUUGCAGUGCUAAAGGACAAAGAGCCUGGCUCAUUCAUUGUUCGAAACAGCCACUCUUUUAGGGGCGCAUAUGGAUUGGCCAUGAAAGUUACAAAACCCCCUCCCUCUGCUCUGCAGCAAAGCAAGAAAGGAGAUCUGUCCAAUGAGCUUGUACGUCACUUUCUCAUUGAGUGUACACAAAAAGGGGUUCGACUCAAGGGAUGCCCUAAUGAGCCAUUCUUUGGGAGUCUCACUGCUUUGGUCUUCCAGCACUCCAUCACUUCUUUGGCUCUUCCUUGUAAACUCAUCAUACCUGACAGAGAUCCACUAGAGGACGCAGUUAGCACAUCUUCACAGUCCAUCACCAAUUCUGCAGCUGAACUCUUAAAACAAGGAGCAGCGUGUAACGUGUGGUUUCUGGGUUCGGUGGAGAUGGAGUCAUUGACUGGCUAUCAGGCUGUGCAGAAAGCCACCAGUGAGAUUCUGAGCACAGAUCCGCUGCCUUCAUCAACUGUUGUGCAUUUCAAAGUCUCCUCACAAGGCAUCACACUCACAGACAACCAGAGAAAACUGUUCUUCAGAAGACACUAUGCUGUCAACACUGUCAUAUUCUGUGCUCUGGACCCUCAGGACAGGAAAUGGAAAAGAGAUGGUUGCAACUCAGCAAAGGUCUUUGGCUUUGUGGCACGUAAAGCUGGUAGUGCCAUGGAGAAUGUCUGCCACCUGUUUGCUGAACACGACCCUGAGCAGCCUGCAAGUGCUAUCGUCAACUUUGUCUCCAAAGUGAUGAUUGGCUCACAGAAGAUUUGAUGUCGUCAAGAUGAUACUGUCUGUAGACCAGUGUAGAACUAAUCUUGCCUGAGGUUGAUGCAAUUUGUCAACACUAAAGCGUUAACAUGACAACUACCUUCAGAUUUUCUUGAAACAGUACAAAUGAGGGAUGAACUCUUUUUUUUUUUCAGUACUGGUUUUUUUUUCGGUACGUACACUAAAAUGAGAAACCUUCUGAAAAUGUACAGUAUUUUGUAUAUUUAUGUAUUGAAAAUGUAUCUAUUGUUUAUGCAGACUUUUCAAAAGGAAUUAUUCAUACUGAAAAUAAAGCUCAAUAUAUGCGUGUA